UUCAUGGCAUUUAACUCUUGUUGCAUUUCAUAUCCUGGAUUUGAAGUCAAUUUUGCGAAAUUAUUGAUGUUGCUACAAGUAUUUUGUUGAUCGUACUCAUAACUCUUGCAAUUUAUCAAUUGAAAUUAAAUAUGUGACUUUAAUCAGUUGCGAUUGUUAACAGAAUUUGUCCUAUACACUAAAUAAGCUAACAUGUCUAUGUUAGAAAAUGCAGAUGAUAGCAAUGCACCUUUAUCAACAUUUUCAGAAAUGUGGUACAGAAUAUUCAUGUGGGCUUUGUUGUCAUCUGUGUUUGUACACUUUGUUGCUGCAUGUAUUGCUCUUGUUAUGCUGUGGAAACAUAAAUUAGGACGAUUUACAGCUCUUAUUAUAAUGGUUUUUGGUGUCCUUUCUCCCGUUACAGGAGGUGUCAUAACAAGUGCCGCCAUUGCUGGUGUGUACAGUGCUUCAAGGUUUCAAAUGAUGCCAGAUUAUGCACUAGUUUGGGGAACAGGACAGACCUUUUUGGCUGCCGUUAUGUCAUUCACAAGAAUAUUGGCGACCCUGUGAUUUUU